AUGGUCCGCUCCAACACUACCACUUUCCACCCAGACACCUUUUUCCUUAUAGGCAUUCCCGGACUCGAGGAUUUCCAUAUCUGGAUUUCUCUACCUUUUUUCUCUUUGUACUUAGUGGCUCUUCUGGGCAAUGCUACAAUUCUACUAAUCAUCUGGUCUGAGCGUACUCUGCGGGAACCUAUGUUCUACUUUCUAGCUAUCUUAUCAGGCAUAGAUGUAGCUCUCUCCUCAUCCUCAGUGCCACGAAUGUUGGGCAUCUUCUGGUUCAGUGCACAUAACAUUGGCUUUGGAGCCUGUGUGGCCCAGAUGUUUCUGAUACACACCUUCACAGGAAUGGAGUCUGCAGUCUUACUGGCCAUGGCCUUUGACCGCUAUGUGGCCAUCUGUGCACCACUGCAUUAUACCACCAUUCUCACACCCCGGGUACAAGCAGGCAUUGGUGUGGUUAUUGUAAUGAGCCCAGUCGUGCUCAUGCUGCCCAUUCUCUACCUAACCCAUCGUCUGCCCUUCUGUGAGGCUCGCAUUAUUGCCCACUCCUACUGUGAGCACAUGGGCAUUGCCAAGUUGGCCUGUGCUAAUAUUCGCAUCAACACCAUUUAUGGUCUAUUUGUGGCUUCUUCUCUUCUUUUGGAUUUGACUCUUAUUGGAAUCUCCUACAUGUGCAUUCUCCGAGCUGUUUUUCAGCUCCCAUCUCGAGAUGCUCGUCAUAAAGCACUGAACACGUGUGGCUCACAUGUGGGGGUCAUGUGUGUUUUCUAUACACCGUCCCUCUUUUCCUUCCUCACUCACCGUUUUGGCAAAAAAAUUCCCCGUUAUGUGCACAUCCUUGUUGCCAACCUCUAUGUGGUCAUUCCACCUGCCCUCAACCCUAUAAUCUAUGGUGUGAGAACCAAGCAGAUUCGUGACCAUGUCAUCCAUGCUCUUACCUCAAAGUAG